GUUACGAGCGCUGGGUGCUGGAUUAAAGCUGUCCGACGCAGCAAGUAGCCUUUUCGCUGUACAGCAGUGUUAUUGAGGAUGAACUGGAGUUAUGUAUAUAUUUCAACUGUCUUGACGCCUGGAUGCAUUCUUGCCACAGAAAUAUAACCUUAAUUAGAUAUUUCUGAAAAACAAGAACUCCUGAAUCGCUGGAAGCCAGUCGCUGUGGUUUCAUAUAGAGUGCUGGGAAUGGAUGCGGCCUUCUCCCAAAUCCAUAAGGAUUGGCGCUGAUGCUAGGUGCUGAGGAGAAGUGGAGAUGCUGAUGCUCUGGCAGCUGAAGUUUGAAGAUACUGUCUGAAACCUUCCUCUGUACAAGGUCUCUCUCCAGCAGCUCCUCAACCUCAGCCAGAUUGGAUGCAGCUGAAGAAUAAGCAAAGAAAGAGAAAAAAAAGGCUGCAGGCUUCUCUCCCUCUCUGUGCGAGGGACUGCCAUGUGUCUGGGACAAUGAAAGGCUGAAAAGAGAAUUGAAAGCAGGAGCAUAGUGUGACGGAGAGUGAGAGGAAGUUGAGGAGCAGAAGAGAAGAGAAGUGUGUGAGUGAGAGCUAGGCAGAGAGGGACCAGGGGGAAACCGGAAACUCCUGCCACUGUUUUACUUGGUGCCAGUCGGUCCACAGAGCCAGCAGAGCCACACUAUGACCAGUCUCUUCAGGCGCAGCAGCAGCAAUGGAGGCUCUCGGAGUGGCUCUGGCCCGGGGGAGCUCAACAACAGCCGGCCGCCGCGACAGGUUCGACGGCUGGAAUUCAACCAGGCCAUGGAGGACUUCAAGGUCAUGUUCCCUACCAUGGACUACGAGGUGAUUGAGUGCGUACUGCGCUCUAACAGUGGAGCAGUGGACGCCACCAUCGACCAGCUCCUGCAGAUGAGCAUCGAUGGACAGGGCUCAGAUGACAGUUCCGACUCUGAUGACAGCAUUCCCCCAGAGAUUUUAGAGAGGACACUGGAGCCAGACAGCUCUGAUGAGGAGCCACCUCCUGUCUAUUCGCCGCCCACUUACGACAUGCACAUCUAUGACAGGAAGUACCCUGGGACUCCAUACACCCCCCCACCCAGGUUUGAGGCACGGCCCCCACCAGGUCACAGACAGGUUCGAAGCUACCGCAAUUGGAAUCCGCCGCUGCUUGGCAACCUCCCUGAUGACUUCCUGCGAAUUCUCCCUCAGCAGAUGGACAGUAUCCAGAGAUCUCAGAGUAGCAGUCUCUCUCAGCCAUCCUCCUCCACGCUGUCAUCCAUUUCCCAGCAUACAGCACCACCUAGUGGUGAGGGGGUUGCAGGGGGCGUGUCCUCAGAGCAGGAUCGCAAGCUGAAGCAAUACCUUGAUGAUGAACGCAUUGCCCUCUUUCUGCAAAAUGAAGAAUUCAUGAGGGAGCUUCAACGCAACCGCGAGUUCCUUGUCGCCCUUGAGAGAGAUCGCUUGAAGUAUGAAUCAAAGAAAUCCAAGUCCAAUCAUUCAUCAGGUAGCAUGGAGAAUUCCACUGCAGGAGAGCAUUUCACCUCUGGCUCCAUGGAAGCUUGCACUGCUGUGUCUGAUGAAGCCAUGUUCCGAGACAAGCUCAAACACAUGGGGAAAUCCACAAGGAAGAAGCUGUUUGAAAUCGCAAGGACCUUCUCUGAGAAGACAAAACGGAGGAAGUCAAAACGAAGAACACUACUUAAACACCAUUCACUCGGGACUGCUAACUCUACAGCCAACCUUCUGGAUGAUGUGGAGGGGAGUCCCUAUGAAGAAGAUGGUCAGCUUAAAAGAUUGGUUACUCAGGAAGAGGAGGAAUCCCAGAAGGAGACGACGUCAUGAUGUGUGCAAGAUAUGUUGCAGAUUUAUAUCUAUGGCGAUCAUAAAAGAACCUGGAAGACUGGUGUCGCGAUCACUCUCUCCCCAACCUAGACCCCACCAAUUCCAGGUUUGCCUGUGAGCCGAGAGCUGAAGAAACGCAGACUCCCUCCCACAGGCUUAGAAUUAUUGUUUAACUGCAUAUUACUAUUAUAAUUACUGUAUCAUAACAAUUUGUUAAUAUAUGAUUUUGUAUGUAUAAAAAAAGAAAGUUACUCAUGCAUUUUUUCCAGAUCAUUAUUUUAUAAUUACUCCUUUAAAAGCUAAUUUACAGUAAAAUGAACAUCAGUAGUUUGAUUAUUGUUUUUGUCCUUUUUUUGUUUCAUUCUUUGUACCCCUUGCUCAUCUUGGUCUUUUCUUUGUUGGCAAAAGGAUAGCUUUAAAAAGCACACAGAUCAAGCCUCUUCUUUAGAAGACAUCCUUGACACAACAAUUGGCAUCUAAAACUGCAUCUUAAUGUGUAUUAAAUGAUUGGGUAUGAAUUAGUAAGCAAGAGAUCCUCAUUUUCUGGUCACAUGUUGGGUACAGUAUAAUGUUAAUUCAGGACGUGAGUGGGACGUUGUGUGAGGAAAUAUAGAUGUGAUUGCAAAAUUAAGAUGUACUCAUCCUUGUAGUCUACCAGAUAUUGAGAGUUUUCUCUCAAUUCCCUCGGCCCUACGUUCAAGGGGUCUGCAAGUCCAGACCUUGAAUUCACUUGUUAUGCACUGUUACCAUAUGAAGCAUUUUUACUGGGGAUACACCAUGUUACAAUUUCAUCCCUUAAAACAAGUCACCAGUAUGCCUUUUCAACCAGUUUACCUGUUGUUAAUGCAUUGAAGUACUGGACAUCUACAUUUCGUAAAGAGCUCUAAUAUCUUCUGAUGUCUCAGCACGGGCGAGGAUUGUUUUAUUGGGGCGGAGCCCAGGUGUGGAACCAGGACUGCUGGUCUUCUAGGGGCAGUGAAGGACAGACAGACUCUACUACCACUAAUAAAGGGCACAAACAUGCUGCAUAGAAACCGUACAUGUGCAGAAGAUCAGUUUACAUUGUACACAUUUUGUCUAUCAAUCUUAACAGCCAGUCCUAAGCUCUGGGGAUCCUGGGGUUAGCCAAAAAAAUCUCCUGCUUUGAACGGCAGAGCACACUUAACCGAUUUUAAAAACGACUCUUGCUGAAGUGUACUUUUCUUGGUGGCUUUGCUGCAUUUCAAGUUUUCUGCCAGUAAACCUUUGUAAGAUACGUGGGUAGGAGUAGUAUUCAACCGUGCACUGCCAUAUCUGUGAUAAAAAACAUUUCUAUCAAGUUACCCCUUCAGACAAGAAUUCACCCUGAUACAAGAAAAUGUAGUAUCUAUAAUGCAAGGCUGUUUAUUUCGAAAUAACAGAUUUGAAAUCAAUCCACCAAUAAAAUGUAUCAGAUAUGGAUGUCUUUUGUAUGUGUUUUACAAAGUUAAAAGAAAAGCCUUUAUCUGAGAAACAAGAGCACCGAAGUAUUUGAACGAUCAAUCGUCUUGUGAUUUUUAAGAGUCUCAGUACUAGACACAGUUAGGUUGGGACAAGGUAUAGAGUAGUGUGCACCCUUGAUUUGCCUUUUCCAGGACCCAGUUUAUGCCAUGUGUGUAACAAUCCCAAUUGUGUUUGCACUGUUGUAUGACUGAAAGAGAGACUGGGUGCCCGAAGCUAAUAUACUGUAUGUCCAUACUAGAGCAAAACAUAGAUGUGGAAUGUCUGCAGAUUUGAUUUGGAAGUUUUCCUUUGUCCUCUGUGCUGGUAGUGUGGUAGACCUAUACUGUGCUGACAGAUAACAUUUCAUUCAUGAAAUGGUACCUAAUCUCAAAUUGUAUUGACCGGACACUUCAUCAGCUUAUACAUCUCUAUCCCAUUACAAACUGAAGCCGAAGCUCCUUGGUAUUUGGUUUGCAAGCAACCAAAGAUCAUUCCAUGUCUUGCCCUAUUCAGUACAUUUUGGAUGUUUCUGCUAUUAUGAACAUCAUACAUGUUUCUGUAACGACAUUGAUAUUGUUUCACUAUGGUGGGGUGGUGUGUGAGGCUUAUAUCAACAACUCAACCACACGUAGCAGGCAGAAACGUGGAUUGCGUUCUUGAAUAACAUAACAAUAUUUGUUUUCCUGCCAAAUUUGAAGUCCUACAAUAGACCAUACAAAUUGUUAUAUUACAUAGCAGUUGCCAAGGAAGCAUGGAGUAAAAUGGCAGAAAAAAUAGCUUGGGGGUUGUGGUCAGAUCAUAAAUGUAGCCAAUAGUUGUUUUUUGGCGAUGGUGGAGACCGUCUUCACAUUGGUGUGGUAUUGCUCAAUGUGUUGCUUCCUCGGUCCCUUAACCUUGUCAAACUGUUAUCCUCUCAGGGAGAUUUGUUCCUUGUUUUCUUCCAUGUGAUUGAGUGGUGUAAGCACAACCAGUAGAACCAAUAAUCAAGACAGGAUAUUUUUCCAAAGGUUUGACCAUAGUUCUUAUAUUAGAUUUGCAUAUUUUAGUGUAAUGAAAUUUGUGUAAUAGACCAAAAAAUUGCUUUUUACAUAAUUGGUUGUGCAGAACAGAAGAUUUGUGUCAGAGGUAGUCCUUUAAACUCCUUUUCUCAUUUAAGGGUGAAUUAUCAAGUUUGAUUCUGUAUGGGACAUGGACAGGUACCCCACUUUUUUUCCACCAUUGUGUGUGCCUCCUGAAUGUAUACAAGUUCAAAUGAAGAGGUGAAAUUGAACAGGUUUGCCAAAUUGAACAGGUUUGCCACAUAACUGAGGUUUGUAAUUGAGGGGAAUGUUCAGCCUUUUUUUGGUAAGGAACAGCCAUGGCAAGUUAAAUUGGAUUGGCUCCUUGUUUAUAUUCUAAAUUUAACAUGAGCUUUCUCAGUUAUUUACCAUUAACUGUUAUUAAUGCAGAAUAGUUGUAAAAUAAAUGGACCUAAUUAGGCUGCUUUUGUGGGGGGGAUUAUUAAUUUCCGAAAGUCCAUGCCUGCCUAUAAAAUUGGGUACCAGUCCCGUAAGUGAUUGUAGUUUCCAGAUGUGUUUUCUUACAAAUCAAGUUAGUAGCUCUUGUAAUAAUAAAAUAUGUUGUUCCCUCCUUG